AUGCCGUUCACUAUUGAACCGGCACAUCUCUGGAAGGCCAUCGCCCUUAUGCUCGCCUGGGUUGUGAUAAGUUCCUCUCGCCCAGUCUUUCUGGUGGUCUUUGACUGGCUAAGUAUCCACAUCAAGCAUGGGCUUGAGCGACUGUGGUGCGCCUUUGCCAGAAGGGGGGGGGGUCCGGAGGCCAGGCCAGACCAAACAAGCCAGGAGAGUGUAGGGAAAGAGGAGCAUGUGCGGUCUGACUCGCCUGGUAACGGACUCCCUGCCAAAAGAUUAAAGAUCACCAUGAAACGCUGGGUGGAGAGACUGCGAUAUUGGCGUGGCCUCAGCAGGGGAGUGAAUUUGGAGGAGGGGAUGAGGAGACGAUCCAGAUCUGCUCGCCCUGCACCACGUCAUCCAUCGCAGUUCCAGUCAACCCAGGCCGAAGCCAGUGGGGGAGCCGGUCUUGGUGAUCUGAAUGCCUUGACCUCCUCGCUUCUGCCCACCACGGCCGGUGUCGAUCCCACUGGUGGUCAAACUUGA